CGCCCUUUUCCGGGCCUCCGACUUUGCAAAGCGGCCGCUGUCCCAAGCGCGCUGCAAUUGGAGGAGGAAGAGUUAAGCCGCCGAUUUGUGUGUGUGUGUGUGAGCGUGUGUUUGUGCGGUUUUUAUUCCUCCCCUGCCGCCCCGCGAUUCCGAGAGACUCGCCGAGAGCGGCGGAGAAAGCGGAUCGCAACCGCAAAGCCAGAAGCUCCCGAGCAGAGCGGAGCGGGGCGGAGCGGAGCGCCACCCGCCGCACCAAGACUUUGCCCGGGUUCGGAAGGACCGCGCAGUCCGGAGAGAAUGAUGGGGAAACUGAUACUCGGCAUCUGGCCUAAUUGAUUCAGAGAUGUGAAGAAUAGACAAAAGUUGUUGCAGGCUUCAGCAUCCUCUCACUCCUGAAGAACUCAACAUCAAUUCAGAGACACCGAGGUACCGACUUCAUUCAGGAGAACCUCCUGAAUGUGUCCUGGUUUCUGAGACUGGUUGACCACUUAUGGUUAGGGGCUGAGCUCCAGCAUUAUUGACCACCCUCAGUGUCUGGACCAUCCAUUCCUUCCAAGUUAUUCCUAGCCAUUCUGGAGAGGAAUGAUUCCUUCUCCUGUGGAGACCCCAUCUCUUGGUCAUCACGGCAGUCUUUGCCUGCUUCCUUGGGGCACCCUGGCCUCUCCUGGCAGUCAGAUCUUCCUCCCAACCUCCUCAGUCUUUGUGGAUGUGGAGUUCCAAAGGUGGAAGAAAUAAGUCCUUCGACUUGCUUCAGGUGAAUCUUUCCUUGUCUCGGGGACCCAAUGCAGGGACAAUUCCCAUGUCUGUCUCCUGAGAUGCCAGGCCCAUGGGCAAAAUGGAAGCAGCCAAUGUCAAGUCAUUCUUCUGGGAGACCUUCCCACCCAUGCCUACCUGUCGGGUCUAUUGCAGCCCAACCUAUCAGGAUGGACAUCUCUUUGUGGUGGGGGGGUGCAGCCAGCAGGGUCAGCCAUUGGACACCCUGGAAAUGUUGGACGUGGUUUCCCACAAGUGGACAGUGUUACCUUCUAUGCCCACUCCACGGGCAGGGGCAGCGGCCGUGAUGCUUGGCAAAGAAGUGUUGGUGAUUGGUGGAGUUGACUCCACACAGCGACCCCUGGCCUCCGUCGAAGUCUACCACACAGAUGAAGACAGGUGGGAGAAGAAAGCAGACCUGGCUCAGGCUUCAAUGGGCAUUUCAGCCCUUGAGAAAGAUGGACUGGUUUAUGCUUUAGGAGGGAUGGGUGCAGACACAUCUCCACAAGCCCUCCUGCAACUGUAUGAACCAGCUAAGGAUCAGUGGCAGUCUUUACCAUCCAUGCCAACACCUUGCUACGGGGCUUCUACUUUCUUGCAUGGGAACAAGAUCUACGUGAUGGGAGGAAGACAAGGCAAGCUGCCCGUCACAGCCUUUGAAGCCUUUGAUCUGGAAAUGAGAAGCUGGACACGCUACCCCAGUGUGCCCAGUCGGCGUGCCUUUGCCAGCUGUGCCAUGGCUGAGGGUUGCUUCUUCAGCCUGGGAGGACUGCAGCAGCCCGGCCCCCAUAACUUCUAUUCCCGGCCCCACUUUGUCAACACCGUGGAGAUGUUUGACUUAGAGGAAGGAUCCUGGAGUCGGCUGAGCCGUGCCAUCCGUAUGAGAGACAAAAGGGCUGACUUCGUAGCUGGCCAUCUUGGUGGACGUGUGAUAGUAGCUGGUGGCCUUGGGAACCAGUCGAGUCCGCUGGGAUCCACGGAAGGAUUUAAUCUGGCUAAGAAGAAAUGGGAGACUUUGCCCUCCAUGCCUACUGGGCGCUGUUCUUCCGCUAGUUUGGAGGCUCCCAACCUGCUGUUUGUGAUUGGAGGGGUGGCUCAAGGCCCCAGCAGUGCGGUGGAGGCCCUGAGCUUACAGGAAGAGGUCUGAUCGAACGUCACUGUGAAAGGAUUCCCAGCCAGUGUGCGCCAAGAGGACUCAAGUGCCUAUUGACAACAGAAAUUAGCAUAUGAGGGAGCAGUGAGAAGCGCUUUGUUGCCAACGUGGAGGUGGCAACAAAGGUGACUUUUCCUCUAGCUGGUUCUGCAAAUAACUCAUCUCUGCAAAGCAUCCAGUAGCUCAGAGACUAAAGCAGUCUGUUCUGUAGGCGAGGCCAGGGUCAAGCAGUUUAGCGGCUCUGACGGCUGCGACAAAAGUCGGUCUGAUGCAGCUGAUUCUUUUGAUGUGCAGCUGCAAUUUGUUUCGCCUAGUUUUCCAAAGGAACCAGAUUGGGAAUUUGGGCUGGUCUGGGUGAAGUCUGAUUGAAGCAGCCGUGCGACUGUCUCUCCCCAUAAGCAAAGUCUCGAUUCUGCUCUCUUCCCUUGGCUUAUUUAACUUAUAUUCCACUGCAAUAGAAUAUAAAGCCAAUACACCACAACGAUACAA